AUUUACAUCAUAAGCAUUUUUUUCGAUUCGUGCUUAAAUGUUCUCAAUGUUUUAUUUCAGUGGAUAUAAUGGCCAAGAAAACUGACUACAAUGCCAUUAAGGCUAAACUGAAGGAGUUUCUGACUAGUUUCACAAGGACGGACGAGAACGGCCGGAAACAGUUUCCUUACGCCGAACAGAUAACUAACAUCGCACACAGAGAGCAGAACAGUCUUGUGCUUGACCUAGACGAUGUUGCAGAGUUUGACCAAGAUCUAGCCGAAGCAGUUCGUGGAAACACCCGUAGAUAUGUUUCGCUGGUUGAAGACGUGAUAGACACCCUGAUCCCUGAAUACAAGGAGAGAGAACCAGCUGCCAAGGAUGUUCUUGAUGUUUACAUUAAUCAUCGGAAACUAAUGACCGCGAACAUUCGUGGUGAGGAACCAGCACACACUCGAGGAGGAAACAACGAUAUCCCUCCCUCACUACUCAGGAGGUUCGAGGUCCUCAUCAAACCCCAAUCCUCGGACAAGGUUGUCCACAUCAGGGAUAUCAAGGCCGAGUAUAUCGGGAAACUUGUCACACUCAAGGGAAUCGUGACGAGAUGUACCGAGGUCAAACCUAUGAUGCAGGUUGCUACCUAUACUUGUGACAAGUGUGGAGUAGAAACGUAUCAAACCAUCAACGGAACCUCCUUCAUGCCCCUGCUCAGCUGCCCGGGAGAGGACUGCAGGGUCAACAGGUCGGGCGGCAGACUGACCCUCAUGUGUCGCGGAAGCAAGUUUACCAAGUUCCAGGAGCUGAAGAUUCAGGAGCAUAGUGACGUAGUUCCAACUGGACAUAUUCCUCGCAGUGUUACUAUUUUCUGCAGGGGCGAGGUCACUAGAGCCUGUGUCCCUGGAGAUCACGUGACAGUAUCUGGUAUCUAUCUACCCUUGAAGAAGGAAGGAUUCCAGGCAAUGAUGGGAGGACUCGUCUCAGAAACCUUCAUCGACGCUCACAAGAUCGUCAAGAUCAACAAGACGGACGACGAUGCUGUGGAUGAGGAGGAGUUGAGCCAGGAGGAGCUCAAGUCCUUGGCUGGAGAGGAUUUCUAUGAGAAGCUGGCUGCUUCAAUUGCUCCAGAGAUCUACGGGCACGAGGACGUCAAGAAAGCCUUGUUGCUCCUCUUGGUCGGGGGAGUUGAUAAAAACCCUGCUGGAAUGAAGAUUCGUGGAAAUAUCAACGUCCUACUGAUGGGAGACCCUGGAGUAGCUAAGUCCCAAUUGCUUGGUUAUAUAGAUCGUCUAGCUCCAAGGUCCCAGUAUACCACAGGCAGAGGUAGCUCGGGAGUCGGUCUAACCGCUGCUGUUGUCAAGGAUCCUUUAACUGGUGAGAUGACUCUUGAAGGAGGAGCACUGGUUCUUGCUGAUCAGGGUAUCUGCUGUAUUGACGAGUUCGAUAAAAUGGACGAAGGUGACAGAACUGCUAUUCACGAGGUAAUGGAACAGCAGACUAUUUCUAUCGCAAAGGCCGGUAUCUUGACAAGCCUGAACGCCAGGGUAUCCAUCCUAGCCGCAGCUAAUCCUGCUUAUGGACGGUAUAACAGUAAGAGAAGUAUCUCCGACAAUAUUAAUCUCCCAGCUGCUCUUCUUUCAAGAUUUGAUCUUCUCUGGCUCAUAGCUGACAAAUCUGAUCGAGAGAAUGAUCUUCGUCUGGCGAAGCACAUCACCUACGUUCACCAACACAACACCAAUCCUCCCCAGCAGUAUGCGCCCCUGGAUAUGAAGAUUAUGCGCAGAUAUAUCGCGCUCUGUAAGAAGCAGACGCCCGUCAUCCCUGCCGCGCUCUCAGAUUUUAUUGUCGGCGCGUACUGUCAGAUGCGUCAAGAAGCAAGGCAAGACAAGGCGGAGAAUAACUCUCGUAACAGUACCUUCACCUCCGCCCGUACUCUUCUCGCAAUCCUACGCCUUGCCACCGCCCUCGCCAGGCUUAGGAUCGUCAACACCGUGGAAAAGGACGACGUUAAGGAGGCGAUGAGACUGAUGGAGAUGUGCAAGGACAGCUUGAAGGACAAGGGAACUGGUAGGACGGUGACCAAGAUAGUGGACCAGGUUUACAACACAAUCAGAAAUAUGAGGGAUGGACAGACCACUCUCAAGGUUCAGGAUGUCAGAGACAGGUGUACUGCGAAGGGGUUCAAGCAGGCUGACGUAGACAAGUGUUUGGAGGAUUACGAGGAGCUUGAUAUCUGGCAGCUCAACCAGGCCAGAACCAAGCUCACCUUUGUUCAAUAAAUCUUCAAAACCAAGUUCUUAAACCUUCGACUUUCACUCCGAGUACAGAAAUCUGCCAAACUUUUAUCAGAUCAGAAAAUAGUACAAAUUAUUUUAAACAUGUUUGUACUUCUGCAUUUUACUAAUAUACAUAUAUCUGGAAAGUAUUA